AUGAACCAACUAGAUUCUAAGGCUCCACAUCUUCCUCCUGUCAAAAAGAGAAGAAGAAACACUUCUGCAUGUUCCAAUUGUCGAAAAAAGAAGAGAAAAUGUGAUAGGCAAAGACCCUCGUGCAGUUUGUGCAUCAAAAACAACACCAUCUGUAUCUAUCAAGAGCCAACUUGGAUUUUGGACACCAAAAAGGUUGAAACUGCUACCAACAGCAAUCUUCUUGCAAACAAUAAUAAUAACUUUAAUGGCAAUGCUCAGACCGGUGAUACCAUUUUCAGGAAAGCUGCUGCUACCAGAUUAGAUGAUUCCAGUUCAAGCAACCAAGCUGACCAUGAUUACUACCAUAAUUCAGAGAACCAUAACCAGAAAGAUUCUAAACCUCCUGCUUACUUCCUCGCUGCCACUCAGCCAAUUGGCUUGAUCGAUUUAUCAAAAAGUCAUUCCAAUCAAAUUAAAAUAGAAGAUAAUAUCAACUCUCAUCUCAAAAAUCAGAUAACACAUAUACAUAAUAGUAAUAGCAUUGAUGGUGAAAAUAACCAUAAAAACAACAAUCAACAUACUAAUAUUCAUAGCAAUAACGGCUCUAAUAACAAUCAGCAAAAUAAAAAAUUCAGAUAUUUUAUGCCAAAUUUAAAGUUCAAUGAUAAAAUUAACGAAAAUCAAUUAUUAUCAACAACCGAUGCUUCAAACAAAAAUUUAAAUAAAAAGGAUGAUACAAACAAUAUAAAUCAUAAAAAUCAUAAAAACCAUAAAAAUGAUACAAGUUCAAUUAAUAAUCAAUUUUUUAGUUUGUUUGAAAAAUACCUGCCAGUAUAUUCAAAAUCUUUUAAAAUAAUUAAAAUGGGCCCAUUUCACUGGUAUAUAUAUAUUCAAAGAGAUUAUUAUUUGAGACUACUCUAUUCAAGUGUAUUAAAAGUCAAAACUGCUUCCAGCUAUUUCAAGGCAAAAUUAGGAUUAUCAACAAAUAAUAACAAUAAUAACUCCAAUAAUUGCUACACAAAAAUAGACACGAAAAUGUCAAAUAUAAUAAAAAGGAAAAAAUUCAUUGCAAACACAAACUUAAAUUUGUCUUCCAAUUUUCAUCUAACUCUACCUUCAAACUUGCCUUUAAACCCUUCCUCGAGCACAAAAUUAAACUCAAAUGACACUGAUAUUCUAAGUAUAGUCAAUCAAUUCUUACCUGAAAAGAAAAUCGUUUUAGAAUACGUUGAUAUAUUUUUCAGAAAUGUUUACCCAUUUUUUCCCUUUAUUGAUGAGUCAUCAUUUCGAUCUUCAAUUAUAAAUAUUUAUAAUAAUUCUCCAAAAAAGAAUCUCUUAAACUAUUCAAACAAAAGAGAUUCUUUUAGUGUUGCUAUAUUACUAUUAGUCUUAAGAUUAGCAUAUUUAUCUGCUUUUUUUACUAAUCUUUAUAAUGAGAACAAUUCGCUUUAUGAAAUUGACCAAUACGCUUUAACCCUUGUUAAAUUGAUUCUAAAUAAUUAUAAUUAUUUGAAAAAAUCUUCUUUAGAAAUCUUUCAAAUUAUCUUAUUGAUGAGAUUAUAUAAAUCUUUUGCUCCAGAAGGGUGUGACAGUUUAGAAGGCUAUGAUACAAAUAUAUUAAAUUCUCUAUUAAACAGCACUGCUUUAUCCAUUGGCUUAAAUAGGGAUAUUUCUUUAUUUUAUCAUGUUUUAACUUAUAAUAAACCUUGUUUGGAGUUUGAAAACAUCAACAAACCCAAUGAAAAUUUAAAUGAUAAUAUAAAUAUUGUGGCUCAAAAAGUUCAAGCUGAAUCAAUUUGCCCUAUGAAACCAGGCCAAUUAUUAAACCAACAAACUAGCCUAUUUAAAUUGAGCUGGCUAUGGUCAAAAUUAUGGUUGGAGUUAAAAGAUUUAGAUUUCAUUCAUUCUACUACCUUUGGUGAACGCUUGAAAUUAUUCAAUCAAUUUGAUGACAACCCCUUACCUAAUUUUGAAAAGUUUGUUGAAAAUUCAAAUGCUGCAGAUUUAAAUAUCGAAAAGGUUUCUGUCCAAUGGCUAAUUAAAAAAGAUGAAUUAAAUAUAGUUUUAUCUGAUUUAAUUGAGAUGACCUUAACACCUGGAGUUAAAAAAAAGUAUUUUGAUGGAAAAAAGGUCGUAACCUCUCAUUCAAACGCUCCAAAUGGUGUUGAUAUUUGUUUAUUAUAUUUUAAAAUCAAACAAGUCGAAAAUUAUAUCAACGAUAACUUUGAAAAUUCAAAGAGUUUAAUUGAGAGAUUCAAAUCUUUAAAAGAAGAAAAUAGUUUACCUAUAAAUAAUGUUCUUGCUAUAUCUAAAAUUCUUGAAUUAAAGCUUUACUUAAGAGGAUUAAUUUACAUUUUUCAUUUAAAAUAUUGUUUAUAUUUACAUUUUGAAAAUUACCUGUCCUCCUCUUCAUAUGAGUUUUUAAAAGAUAGUGUAAUUACACAUAGUGAAAUUAUCUCUUUAAUUAAGUUUUGGUCAUUAAAUUCAGAAGAGUAUCUAGGGUCAAACAAUAGUUUUAGCUGGUUUUUAACACCGGUACUUUGCUCUGCAGCUGAACAAUCAAUUCAAUUUGCAUUCAGUAUAUUAGUUAAGAUUUUGGAUUUUGAAUACUCUUUAAAUGAAAUCAAUCAAAAUAAGGUUGAUCUAAAUGAAUUUUCUUCAAAAAAUACUUUAGGGGAGUUGGUUAUGAUGCAGAAAAGAUUAAAAAAACUUUUCGACAUUCUCUUAAAUACCAAUAAGUUCAUUUUCACCAAAUUCAAAAAAGCUUCUGAUAAUUAUUAUUUUAGUUGGAAAUGGAGAAUCAGUCUUGAAACUGCCUUAAAAGCUUUAGAAUCUGAUUCGUUUGGAGGAGAGUUCAACUUAAGAAAAUUAUUAACUAAAGAGCAAAUUCAAAAAAAAAGAAAUAGUAUUUUUGAUUGUGAUUUAAAAAAAAUAAGUGAAUUAAUUGAGAUUUUAAAGAUAGAUGAUAAUCAUAAAGAUAUACUUGGCAUUGGUGAUUUUGAAGUCAAUGAAACUAAGGAUAAAAGUAAGCUAUUAUCACCUAGUUCCCGUUCUAUUUCUUCUGUAAAUUUACUGAAAUUCAAUUCAACUACUUUCAUUUCUCCCUCUAUUCAAAUUAAUAAUAGCAAUAUUAAUAUUGGCAGUGUUAGAGACAAUAAAAAUAUUGUUAAUAAUCUUAUUGUUAACAGCGAUACUAUAUCUGAAUCAAGUUUAUCCAAUCCAUCUACAAAAAAUCAUAACCCUGAUAUUAAUGAAUUGAAUCCAUUUGUGAAUUUUAAUAAUUCAGAAUAUGGAGAUAUCAAUUUUGCAAAUGAUCUUGAGUUAAGUGAGGACUUGAUUAAGAUUUUAUUUCCAGAUGAUAACACUGAAUUAGAAGAUCCAUCAAUGAUGUUUUCUUCGAAUUUUCCUUUCUAA